CUACGCAUGUGCAGAAAAAGAAGCGCGGAAGUGAUUGCUAACCUGCUGCUCUGUUGUUCAUCAUUAACGGACAGCAGCGUGGCUACAAAUAGACGCCACUCCGCCCUGAAGGAUAAAACCACGCCGAGGAUUCAUCUAUGUCACGUCGUGGAGCUCUACAAAUGUCCUAAACAUGGCAAACGUUGCUCGAAAUACCGCUGUAAUUUCAUACCUGUGGACUGUUUUCAUGCUGCUCAGUCGCAUGACAGGUCUUGGGGUCAAUGAGCUGCUGUAUUUCAGGAUCAUCAGUCCAGAGGAGAUCGGGUACAUUUUCAGUGCUGCACCUGCUAAAGACUUUGGAGGAGAUUUUACAUCAUCUUACGAUGAGAUUUUUCUUGUACCAGCAGACCCUGCGGACGGCUGCUCAGAAAUGACAGACAAAGAAAUCCUUUAUGGACAAGUAGUCCUGGUGGAAAGAGGAGGUUGUUCCUUCGUACAAAAGGCCCGACACGUGGAGGAAGCCGGGGGAAAAGCUGUACUGAUUGCUGAUAAUGUAGAGGACAAUGACAGUCAGUACCUUGAUAUGGUCUCUGAUGGAAGCAAUGCCAAGCCGAGCAUACCUGCUCUGUUCCUGCUGGGACGCGAUGGGCUGAUGAUCAGACGAUCUCUGCAGAGACAAGCGCUGCCCUGGGCCGUCAUUUCAAUUCCCGUCAACGUUUCUGCUUUGGCCUCGUUCCCGCUCAAGCAGCCCCCAUGGACACUUUGGUAGAAAUCGCUCAUCCACGACUUCAUCCACGUCCUCACACAGCAAACAAUCUUUCAUCAUCUUGUCAACUCAAAGCCACACAAGCAAAUUCAAACAAAUUCACAUGCUCCAGUGGGGAAUCAGUGAAAUGAUCAUAUGUACACAUGAUUAAACAGCCGAGGGUGUGUGGUGCAAACCUUUUUAACUAGGUGGAGGUAGACUGGGAAAUUGAUUUUCAAGACUCAGUUGAAGGUAGAAAAAAUUAGACACUGCUUUUCUGUGAGUGUAUCUUCCAGGAGAAAAGUCUCCAAGAGCUUGUUUUUUAGAUCAUCUGUGUAUUAUUCCUUGAAACUAUGAAGAAGUUGUUGUUCAUUAAUUUAACACAUACAGAUGAAAAACUUUUCUGUUUGAAACUGUCAGAGAAACUCAUUGUAACAAACAGGUCGUGACACUCCUGAUUAUUCUGCAUGGACUUCAACACAUUUGCACUCUAAUGAGAAAUGGACAUUCAUUUUCUCGUGGUAAAAAGAAUAGAAGAUGAAACUGGUUUUUGCACUAACUGCUGUCAUUUAUUGCCUUUCUGAGUUGGACGUUUGUGUGCUACUUUUAAUAUGUGAAAUCUGUCUGCUGAUACUUACAAUCUGUUUGUGUAGAUAAACAAGACUGGGGAAAUAAUUACAGUAACAUGAAAGAAGUGUACACAGUUGCUAAAAAGUGUACAGAUACAACUUAAAUCCUUGUUUCUUGCUAAAAAUGCAUGGAGGGCUGCUGUGGUGAAGCUCCAUGCAGGGCUGGGCACUAGAGGUAAUCCUGUAUUAUAUGCACUGUGCAACAAAAGACUCUCACUGCUACAUUAUUGUUCCCAAGAACCACCAGUUUUACACAUUCUCUCUGAAGGCAGUUGCUUAUUUAAGGCUGAAAAGAUUGCAUCUGGUAGCCAGAAGCUACGGUUGAGCAUUAAUAAUAAUAAUAGCUAUUGCAGUAGUAGUUUUGGUCCGGUGUGCCAAUAAGAAAUGUGUGUGUUUUCAGCAAUAAUGACAGCACUGUAGGUCAGUGUAAAUAGCAGUGCAAGUGUAAAUGUAUUCACUGCCUGGCUGCAUUACAUUCAAUGAACUACAAAGAAGUUGGAAUAUGUUUUUGUAAUUUAAUCUGUGGGCUCAAAAGUCAAACAUUCCAAACAAAGAGGUGGCGAUCGAGUAUUUGAUUUGUUUUUAAGUUAGACUAAAAUUAAAAUGCAUCUCUUCAGUCAUGAUUUUGACCAGAGCUUCAGUAUCCCACAUAGUUUGUUGUCAGCUAAAUGUUAGGCAACAAGUGUGAAAUUUACCAAAUGUCUAUUUUGGUGUGAGAAAGGCUGCCUGCAGUCAUUGAAGUCUGUUCUCUGCUUAUAUAACCGUUUACAGCAACUCUCCUUUUAUCCCAAAUAAUAACAAACGUGUUUGUCAAACACAGUUUCCUGUUGUUGUAUGUUUUAGGAAAGUUUGGUUCAGUUAAUUAUUUUUAUUAAUGUAGUGCUGUGGAGGUUUAUAUUCUAAACUGGUUUCAGAGGGUGUUGAAUAAAGAUGUGGCAAAAUCUAUUCUAAAACUGAAGUUUAUUGUGAAUUAAGGAAGUGAGUUUAUUGUGAAAUAAGCUCCCGAUAUUGCUGACUUUUUUACAAUGUGAUCAGUAGAGAUAUAGUGAUGUUGCACUUUUGGUGCUUGUUUUGGAAAUUACUUUUAGUUUUCACUUUGUGAAAAAAGCAGGGAUGUUGUUAGGAAACGUAUAAAGCAGCUUAGUGGUGAUUCAUUGCAAAUUGUUCUUUAUUGCAUGUAUUCAAACUUGAAAUAAGUAAAUCAGUGAGUUCAGUUUUUGGUUUACAUAUUAAAAUUGUGUCACUUUUCUUGGCCAGGUUAUGAAGUUACACGUGUCCAUUGACAUAAUUAUUUCUAAAAUUAGUUCACCUUUUUUAAAUUUAUACAGCCACAGCAAAUAAGUUACAUAUUAAUAUUGAAGUGUUAGUUUCACUGAAGUAUUUAUUUUAAAACAGCUUCUGGAUCUUGUACAGCAGUAGAUGUUGCUCCACAUUGUUUUCAGUUUCCUGAGUGAAGAACUCACCAACAGAUUGUUCUUACAGUAAACAUUCAUCCCUGUGAAAGCUGAACUCCACAUUCAUGGUCAACACAAGCUCUUUCCUACUGUCGGUCUGGGAUUGGUCGCUCUUGUAGGAGCUGGUACUUGGCCAAGAUGAGCAGUUUAAGUCUCAUGAUCACUAGCGACAAAUAUCAUCUCUACAACUGUUCUGCUCUGUAGAUAACAGUGCUCACACCUGCCAAAGAAAUUCUCCUGAAUUGUUGUUUAUGAUGUUUUUGAAGACUGUAAAAUGGGACGGGAGGAUACAGUAAUAGAGGGAGACGGAGGAGUGAAAAUUACCUCCAGUAGAGUUUGUCUCUUGUAAUGUUUUAUUGUUUAAUUUAUUUAGAUACAUUUUUCUGACUUAAUCCAAUUAAAUAAGUAAACAAUG